UUUGAAAGGCUUCUACCGUAUUCACGUUAAAGCAUUGCGACAAAGUAUUUGUAGACAACACGUUGCAGUGUGGAUGAAAAUGACCACAGCACUAAUAAAGUCUCUCACUAUAUUAACGAAACCUAUUCGAGAGGCUCAGCUGAGCGAUGGCCAUGGCACACAAACAGCUCUUGUGUCGGCUCUCCAGAGGAACCUGUCAGAGCUUCAGAAGCACAUAUCUGGGGAUGAAGAGCUGGCGGAAGCCCGACAACUUCUGGAGGAGGUCAGAAGAGACAUCACAUGGGUGUGCAGUGAUACGGAUGACCUAACCUGGAGCUUUGUCCAGGAAUGUCUUCUCUUAUUGCUCUGCCUGGCACGUCACCUCAACCGCCUCCUGGAAGCCUUUCACCAGAAUCCUACUGCACCAAAUCCUGCGACCCCUGAAGCAGCUCCACCGCUUUCUCCAGAUGUUCUCAGUGUGGCCCAGCAAAAGACACUGGGCACUGUGCUGCAGUUUGUGGUCACACUGGGUCUGUGUCCAUAUUUAGCUCCUGGUGUAGGAGUGGCUCUGGGGCUGCGCUCAGCUUUCGGGGCAGCAGUGGAGGGGGCAGUCCGACACGAUGUGGCACCUGCAGGGGAACAGCGUUUACUGAUCACCACUAAUGUGCUGCUGGAGGUGUCUGCACUGUCAUCCCUAGCAACACCUGUGUUUACACGCCAUUUGGGGGACAUCAUGGCAGCUCUGUGUCAGUUAGCAUAUCGGCCGAAGCGCCCUGAAGGAGAUGGUACAAACAGCAAUAAGGGGCUGACGGUAGAGGAGCGCAAGUCCUGCAAAGAAGCACUCCACAAUCUUCUUAGGAAAGUGUAUCAGCCAAUCGUCAUCAAAGAGCUGCUUGUUCUGCAGGGGGGUCCUAAACAGGCAUCAUCAGGUUCCAGAGGUGGAGGAAAGGCUCUAACCCAAGCUCCUGCGUGGCUGAGGCGACUGUGUGGACAGUUGCUGUCUGACAGGUUAAUGCAACCACAAGGCGUCCAGGCAGUGGUGAGGGCCAUCCUAGAGGGGACCGGAGCAGGUGGCGACUCUGACUGGAGGAAAUGUGAUGCUGUGGCCAAGAUACUUGCCGCCUGUCCUCAGCAGUCUCUCUCUGCUGAGAGUUAUUACAGUCAAGUGUGUCCACAGGUUCUGGAGCUUCUGCAUUUCAAAGACAAGCUGACUGCACAGCAGUUCCAGAGAGUGGCCACCAGGGCGGCACUCAUCAUGGUCCAAGAACGGCCUGAGUUUGCGCAGCGAUUCCUUCUCUUUCCUCUUCUCUCUCCCCUUCAUCACUCUGCAGAGGGAACUGGAGAUGAUCUAUCCCAGGAUGGAGUGCAGGAGUGGGAGCUGACUCGCUGUAUUGAGGAUGUAUAUAAAAUUUGUGUGGUGGGUAGCAGUCCAUCAGAAGUGCUGCUGAAAGCUCUAGCAGAUGUCAUCUCAACACUGUUCAGUCUCUUUUGCUUCACCAAACAGAAUGUCUCUCAUUUACGCACAUCAUGUCAGGAGAUCCUGAUAUGGUUCCUGUCUCACUCAGAGCACUCGGUUGCUCUUUCGCAGCUGAAACAUCUGUGUGGACUGCUGGGAGAAGUUAGUGGAGUCAGACAUGGCUUUCAGUUCUCACCUGGCAGUGAAGGAGGGGCCAGACUUACGGUCAGAGAGCCUAUCAGUGAUGAAGAUGACGCCCUUUAUGAGAAGGUCUCAGGUGAGCAGUGGAGAGUGCAGUGUCUGGUGCAGUUAUUGGGAGAGAUGAAGGACAGUGACCUGCCUGGAGAGUUUUUUCUACUGCUGCUGCAGGAUUUAACAGCUGUGGCAGCUGAGCAGGAGGAGGUUGAGCAGGAAGUGGACACCUCAUCUAUGACCCUGCUGGAGUUAGAGCAGCACCUGCUGGGGCGUGUGAGUGGACAUGGACAGAGACUGGCUCUGCUGCAGGUGUUGGCCAUCAUGUGUGACGGUCUUCCAUACACACAGCUGCUCCGCAAACCCACUCAGGUGCUUGGGUUUAUAGUUUCCAUGCUGCAGAGGGCAUGUGUUAGUCUGGAGCGUGGCACUGACAGCCCAGUGGAGAGUCAGACUCUCAGCAUGGGAAUGGGGCUUGUGGCCACUCUACUUUCUGGAGCUGCUGAGCUCACUGCAGAUGAUUAUUCAUCAAUGGGUGAACUGUUGCCCCACCUUGAGCAGAUUUCCCAGCAGCACCCAGAGCCAGUCAUCCAGGAGCUGGCGUCUGAUCUGAGAGCCACUAUUGCCACACAUGGGGCUUAUCGCCCUAAAACUGUCCCCAAAACUGCCACCCAGCACACUUCUGCCCAAAGUCCUGCUCAACCUGCGGGCCACAGUUCAAACUCCCUCCCAGCUCGUACACAGUCAUCUAGAGUUCCUUCCAGACAACAGGACCGCUCACAACCAAUCUCACAUCCCAAACAUACAACAGACUCUGGUGCAACACCUAAAGUUAAUGACAUUCAGAGAACUGGAGUAAUACCCAAUUAUGGUAAUUCUGAACCCUCAUCCAGUAAAGCUUUCUCUGAGUGCCUGUUGGAGGCCUGUGACCCGGAUGUGCCCACUCGAGCUGUAGCUCUGCGUUUACUGACCCGCUCUGUUAGUGAUGGAGACAAAGAGGCAUUGCAGAACAAGGACAAACUACUAACACUCUUUCUGGAAAACCUGGAGCAUGAAGACUCCUUUGUGUAUCUGUCUGCCAUUCAAGGGUUGGCAGUGUUGGCUGACACUUUUCCUGAACAGAUUCUGGAGAGACUGCUGGGAGAGUAUCAGACUGGUGCGACUGUCGGUUCCCCCAAAAGGGAGCGCUCCCUAGAGACACGCCUCAAAGUGGGCGAGGUUUUAAUGAGAGCCAGCAGGGCCAUGGGUGAUCUUGCUCCACACUAUGGCCGCCCUCUGAUUGGUGUGUUCCUGAGUGGCACACGAGAUGAGGACAGUAGUGUGCGUGCCAGCGGACUCUCUAAUUUGGGUGAACUCUGUCAACGUCUCAACUUUUCCCUCGGAUCAAUGGCGCAAGAGCUGAGCACGUGUCUCACCGCCCUGAUAAAGACAGACAAAGAAGCAGAGGUUCGAAGAGCUGCGGUCCACGUCAUUGCUCUUGUUAUUAGGGGCCUUAGUGAUAAAACCACUCAGGUUCUUGGGGAUGUUUUAUUGGAGCUGUAUCGGGCUCUGAAGUGGGUGGUGCGGUCGGAUCCAGAUGAGGUGGCUGUACUCCACGCUCAAAUUGCUCUGGAGGAGCUGGAUGAUGUCAUGAAGAGGUUCAUCUUCCCUCAGCAGAAACUUGAGAAAAGGAUUGUGGUACUUCCUUGAAAACGCUCCAGGACUAACAUGACCUUGUUGUAGACAGAGGAUUUUGUCUUAGAGUUCCACCAUCCAUUAAAUUUAUACUUGUAGUAAUUGAAAGAUUUAUACAUUUCAGGGUUUUUCUUUCUUAUAAUCAUUUUCACAGCUAUAUUUUCAUUCUCAAGCCAGAAAAAAAUGUCUUAGCAUUGAUAAACUGGCGUUGUGGCUUUUGCUCUCUGGUACACUGGGGUUAGAGGGCACCACAAGCGAUAUAUCUGUGUGAAGAGCUCUGCGGUAGCUGCUUUCCUCUCUUUUCUGCACUCGUGAUAAAAUGCCUGUUUGCUUUUUAUCGAAUGUUUGUGGAACAUAUAAAAAUGGCUAGGUCAUGACAUCAUUGGUAAGAUACGACAGGGCAAUUAGUCAUUCUCCUAAAUUUUCUCCCUGUGCACAAUACUGAAACUUUCCAUUCAUGUUAACCGUCUCUAUGGCUGCCUGACCUCUUGGGUCUGCACCAAAGCAGAGCUGGUUAAAUACCAAGUAAAUACAAAAACUCAAAAUGUUAGUUUGGUCAUGAGGUGCCUCUGGAAUAAAAUAAAAGUGCUUAUUUUUUCCAAA